GAAAACAACGACGUUACCCUUUGACUCCUUCUUCCCCUACAAAUCCCCUCUUCCCUCUCCUCCAAUCUUUGCCUCUCUCUCUUUCUUUUUCUCUAAAGAAACAAAAAUGGGGAGAGACGAACUCUGCAUAACCGUACCCAGUCUUUUUCACUGUCCGAUUUCUCUCGACGUAAUGAACUCUCCCGUGAGUCUCUGCACCGGCGUCUCAUACGAUCGCUCCAGUAUCCAACACUGGCUCGACUCCGGUCACGACACCUGUCCUGCCACCAUGCAAGUCCUCUCCUCCAAGGACUUUGUUCCUAACCUCACUCUCCGCCGCCUUAUCAACCUCUGGACCUCCUCGAACUCCUCUCCCUCUACUGCAGAUUUGGAAGAGAAGGUUAUGGCUUGGAUUGAAGAAAUUAACAACGCAAAACCCGAGAGGUGUUUGGAUUCGAUUGUGGAGUUUGCUAGUCGUGGAGAGGUGAACAGAAGUCUUUUGGCAAGUUUUGAUGGUUUUUUGGAGACUAUCGUUGGUGUUUUGAGCAUAAAUGGCAUGCAAAUUCGUGUUUUGGAGUCGGUUGUCAGGAUCUUAAGUUUAAUUUUGCUUGAAAACGGAGUCAACGAAAAAUUGCACAAACUAAUCCUCAAAUUAUCUUCGAACUCGAGUUGUUUACCUUCAUUUAUUUCUAUUCUGCGAAAUGGGAGUUUAGAGUCCAAGAUGGCAUGCUUCACUGUUUUAGAAUCAGUUACUACAAACAACGAAUCAAAGCGAUUCAUUGCAGGAGUGGAGAACAACUUCUUGCCUGUUAUAAUUCAUCUCAUCAAAAUAGAUAACGACAACCAAGAGUUACACGACGUGGUUUUAUCGUUCUUGAUUGCGGUUUCUGUGACUCGCUCCAUCAAGUCACAGCUGGUUCAACUCGGAAUCGUCGAAGUUUUAUCUAACAUGAUGUCGAGCAAAAACGCUGCCAUUUCUGUCGUGGAGAAGUCACUGAAGAUAUUGUCAAUGGUUUGCACGUGUGCGGAUGGACAGUCAGCGCUAAGCGGUGACCAGAAAUGUGUGGGGGCAAUAGUGGAGAGACUAAUGAAGGUCUCAAAAACGGCAACGGAGGAUGCCGUGGUGGUGCUGUGGAGCAUGUGUUGUUUGUUCAGGGAUGAGAAGGUGGUGGAGAAAGUGGCGAGGAGUAACGGAGUGACAAAAGUAUUGCUGGUUAUGCAAAGUGAAGUAGGGGAAGGGAAUUAUGUAAGGAGGAUGUGUGGUGACUUGAUCAAGGUUUUGAGAUUUGGGUGUAAGAAUGUUGGUGGAUUUAGUGGGGCGGUGAGCUAUGAGACCAAAACUACACAUAUCAUGCCUUGUUAAAUCUUGAUAUGCUGUUGAUCUCUGGGGGUUUUGUGGAUUAUGUGUAAUUGGGAGUUUUUCUCUCGACAUUAUCAAACACAUGAACAGAUAAAAGACUCGAUUUUCCCCCCUUUAUUAUAGAAUUUGAACUUGUAGCUUUAGCUUCGUGUCUAAUGAAAAAAUUUACUCAGUUACAUGA